AUGCUCUUCACUCUCAUUUCAGCAUACAGAAUUCACCAACCUACCCUUCCUACCCCAAGUCAACACCAUCGUACCAAAGUCAGCAUAGAGACAUCAGAAGACCUGUCCAAAUCCUCUCUCUCGGAAGACGAUACUAUAAAUUGUCCACACCUCUCAAACUUGCUCUUUCCACCACUUCCUCCUAAAAAUGCAUUUACCCUCAAACCGGCCAGAUUCAACCCAGAAACUCCUACUCUUCCUUUGACACGUGCUGAACCUACCCUUUCCGCUCCAGCAUCUCCUCCAAUACCCCAGCCAGAAUUCCUUAAACCACCUUUACUCCCACCCAAGACACCCAAGCACUCCACAAAUUUCCCUACCAUUCCAUUAGUCCAAAUCGCCACUCCCAACCCCUCGAUCACAAUGACCACUAUCUGUCUGGCGCCAGCACAACCCUUAUAUGUACCACCUCUACACACCACUCGCACAACUACCUCCUCGAGCUUCCCAACCAUGUCAAACAAAGGGAUAGGCGCCAUGCCCGGACCUGGGUCAAGCAAGGCACCGUCAUUCAAUGGUGAAACCUCGGAAUUACUCAAAUUCUUAGAAUUGUUCGAGGACUUAGCAUCAUCAUAUGCACUCACGGACACCGAUAAAUGCAAAAUGAUAGUUUGA